AACAUUUGGGAUGAAUUCUAUCUGACAGCUGCUUACUUUGAUAAUCUUACAGCUAUCAAAUCACCAAAUGGCAUGAUGCCAUAUGAGAAGUGGCAUGAGAGAAGACCAGAUGUAACUCACCUGCAAGAAAUCAGUUGUAAAGCUUUUAUGCUGAUUCAGAAUCAAUGUAACCUCAAGAUACUAUAA